AUGACUGCUUGGCCGGCGACGCGCGCACUGCGCGCUCAUGCGCCCUCCCCCCGCCCUCCCUCAUGCUUCCUGUGCUCCCUCCGCCCGCCCCUCGCCGCCCCUCGCCUCCCUCCUGUGAGCACAGCAGGCGACACCGCGAGUCGACGUGGCAGGAAGGAGAUUCUGUUGAGACUAAAAGCAUGCGGGGUGCUUGCCCGUGCACACGGCGCAGCUGGAAGCUUCCACGAAGCACGGAUUGGGUGCAGCUGGCGAGGGUCCACGUGGCAGCUGAGGAGUGGGCGAGCAGCAGCGGGCAGGGGAGAUGGUCGUGGGAGAAUGGGUGGUGUGGGGCAGGCGCGAGCAAGCGUGGAUGAGCUAGCGGGCGUGCUUGUGUUGUCAGCCGUGCCCUUCGUGGCCGUCAAGGCGCUGGCCAACAGCGGGCUGGGCGGUCAACUCAGUCAGCGCCUGCAGCAGCGCCUGCCCGAGCUCCGCCGGGCCGCUGACCGGGUGGAGGCGCAACGGGAGGAGGCGCGGGAACAGAGUCCAUGGUACGGCCCUGCACGCCCGCGCUGGCUGGACCCGCUGCCCUUCACCUACCCGGCCUACCUGGACGGCCGAGUGGCGGGCGACUUUGCCUUCGACCCCGCUGGCCUUGCUCGUGACCCCGCUGCCUUCCAACGCUACUACAAGUCAGUUGGGGUACACGGGUGCCACAGCGCAUGCUGGCUCGCCCUCUGCACCAGCCGCAUUGCCCCCUCUGCACCAACCGCAUUGCCCCCUCUGCACCAGCCGCAUUGCCCCCUCUGCACCAGCCGCAUUGCCCCCUCUGCACCAGCCGCAUUGCCCCCUCUGCACCAGCCGCAUUGCCCCCUCUGCACCAGCCGCAUUGCCCCCUCUGCACCAGCCGCAUUGCCCCCUCUGCACCAACCGCAUUGCCCCCUCUGCACCAGCCGCAUUGCCCCCUCUGCACCAGCCGCAUUGCCCCCUCUGCACCAACCGCAUUGCCCCCUCUGCACCAGCCGCAUUGCCCCCUCUGCACCAACCGCAUUGCCCCCUCUGCACCAGCCGCAUUGCCCCCUCUGCACCAGCCGCAUUGCCCCCUCUGCACCAGCCGCAUUGCCCCCUCUGCACCAGCCGCAUUGCCCCCUCUGCACCAGCCGCAUUGCCCCCUCUGCACCAGCCGCAUUGCCCCCUCUGCACCAGCCGCAUUGCCCCCUCUGCACCAGCCGCAUUGCCCCCUCUGCACCAGCCGCAUUGCCCCCUCUGCACCAGCCGCAUUGCCCCCUCUGCACCAGCCGCAUUGCCCCCUCUGCACCAACCGCAUUGCCCCCUCUGCACCAGCCGCAUUGCCCCCUCUGCACCAACCGCAUUGCCCCCUCUGCACCAGCCGCAUUGCCCCCUCUGCACCAGCCGCAUUGCCCCCUCUGCACCAGCCGCAUUGCCCCCUCUGCACCAGCCGCAUUGCCCCCUCUGCACCAGCCGCAUUGCCCCCUCUGCACCAAGCCGCAUUGCCCCCUCUGCACCAGCCGCAUUGCCCCCUCUGCACCAGCCGCAUUGCCCCCUCUGCACCAACCGCAUUGCCCCCUCUGCACCAGCCGCAUUGCCCCCUCUGCACCAACCGCAUUGCCCCCUCUGCACCAGCCGCAUUGCCCCCUCUGCACCAACCGCAUUGCCCCCUCUGCACCAACCGCAUUGCCCCCUCUGCACCAGCCGCAUUGCCCCCUCUGCACCAACCGCAUUGCCCCCUCUGCACCAGCCGCAUUGCCCCCUCUGCACCAGCCGCAUUGCCCCCUCUGCACCAGCCGCAUUGCCCCCUCUGCACCAGCCGCAUUGCCCCCUCUGCACCAGCCGCAUUGCCCCCUCUGCACCAGCCGCAUUGCCCCCUCUGCACCAACCGCAUUGCCCCCUCUGCACCAGCCGCAUUGCCCCCUCUGCACCAGCCGCAUUGCCCCCUCUGCACCAACCGCAUUGCCCCCUCUGCACCAGCCGCAUUGCCCCCUCUGCACCAACCGCAUUGCCCCCUCUGCACCAGCCGCAUUGCCCCCUCUGCACCAGCCGCAUUGCCCCCUCUGCACCAGCCGCAUUGCCCCCUCUGCACCAGCCGCAUUGCCCCCUCUGCACCAGCCGCAUUGCCCCCUCUGCACCAGCCGCAUUGCCCCCUCUGCACCAACCGCAUUGCCCCCUCUGCACCAGCCGCAUUGCCCCCUCUGCACCAGCCGCAUUGCCCCCUCUGCACCAACCGCAUUGCCCCCUCUGCACCAGCCGCAUUGCCCCCUCUGCACCAACCGCAUUGCCCCCUCUGCACCAGCCGCAUUGCCCCCUCUGCACCAACCGCAUUGCCCCCUCUGCACCAACCGCAUUGCCCCCUCUGCACCAGCCGCAUUGCCCCCUCUGCACCAACCGCAUUGCCCCCUCUGCACCAACCGCAUUGCCCCCUCUGCACCAGCCGCAUUGCCCCCUCUGCACCAACCGCAUUGCCCCCUCUGCACCAACCGCAUUGCCCCCUCUGCACCAGCCGCAUUGCCCCCUCUGCACCAGCCGCAUUGCCCCCUCUGCACCAGCCGCAUUGCCCCCUCUGCACCAGCCGCAUUGCCCCCUCUACUUGGCUCGCCUGUGCCACUCCUCCCUCCGCCCACCUCCUCAUCCUUGUCCACGCACAGUGGCGCCUGCUCAUCCUUGUCCACGCACAGUGGCGCCUGCUCAUCCUUGUCCACGCACAGUGGCGCCUGCUCAUCCUUGUCCACGCACAGUGGCGCCUGCUGGGGGGGAAGACCAUGCAGCAAGGCUAUCUCUGCUCCUCCCUGGCUUUCCCCCCCUUCUCUCUCCAGCCUCCCCCACGCCGUCACCUGCCCCAUCCGCCCCGCGCCCGCCAGCCUUGAGAUCCUGGCUGGCGGCCUGAGAGUGGCGCUGGGCCAUGCUGGGAGUGCUGCUGCCAGACGUGCUGCAGCACUACAGCGACGCCACCUUCCUGGAGGGCGUGUGCUGGUGCGUGGGGGCCGCAGGCGCACCCUCCUUGUGUUCCUGGAGAUCCUGCAUGCGCGGUGGGCCAUGCUGGGCGCGCUGGGAGUGGUGGUGCCGGAGGCGCUGCAGCGCUACAGCGACACGGCCUUCUUGGAGGCGGUGUGGUGGCGCGUGGGCGGCGCCAAGCUGGCGGGCGACGACCUGGACUACCUGGGCGUGCCGGGGCUGCACAUUGCAGGCGGGCAGGGCGUGGUCGUGAUUGCCAUCGCGCAGUUCCUGCUCAUGGUCAGUCAGUGCCCGGCUUCCGUACAGCAGGGGCCCUCCCACAGGCAGAGCGUGGGAGUGUUACAGCCUGUGCCCCACCUACACGUGCACGGCAGCGGCUUGGAGCACCUGGUCUGUUUCUGCCCCACUGUGAGAGCUGCAGGCGACGGCUUGGACCACCUGGGCGUGGCGGGGCUGCAUGUGGCAGGCAGGGGGACAGGGAGUUGUGAUCAUCGCUGUGGCGCUGUUUCUUCUUCUGCUCAGUGCCCCCACCGCACGUGGCCUCCCUGCACGCAGUGCGACCGGCCACCGGCGCCACUGAAGCUGCGAGCUGCACACCCAUGGCGCAACCACUUGAAGGAACGCUCCCACACGCUCACCGGCUUUCAUGCCACCUCGUUCGAUGUCGUUGUCCCUUUCCCCAUCGCUGCUCUCCUCUCCGUCCCAUGGUGGCCUACAAUUUCCCCCCCUCUUCCCGCCACCUGGGUGAACCAGGCAUGCGCGCAUCAGGGCGCCCUGAUUCUUCUCCCUGAGACCACCUCCCUCUCCUCUCUCCCGCCUCUCCCCUGCUCGCGCGACCCCCUCGUCCACAGAGGUCCAGAGUAUGCGCAACACCUAGGACCAGAGUAUGCGCGUUACACAGGCAUAGCAGCGUUGGAGCCGCUGGGGGUGUUUCUGCCGGGCGACAUCAACCACCCGGGCGGGUGGCUGUUCGACCCGCUGGGGCUCGCCAACGAUGCAGAGCGGUUUGAAGACUUGAAGGUGGGGUGCUGUGUGCAUGGGUGUGCUGUGUGCAUGGGUGCUGUGUGCAUGGGUGCUGUGUGCAUGGGUGGUGUGUGCAUGGGUGUGCUGUGCGCAUGGGUGCUGUGUGCAUGGGUGCUGUGUGCAUGGGUGCUGUGUGCAUGGGUGCUGUGUGCAUGGGUGCCGUGUGCAUGGGUGGUGUGUGCAUGGGUGGUGUGUGCAUGGGUGGUGUGUGCAUGGGUGUGCUGUGCGCAUGGGUGUGCUGUGCGCAUGGGUGCUGUGCGCAUGGGUGCUGUGUGCAUGGGUGCUGUGUGCAUGGGUGUGCUGUGUGCAUGGGUGCUGUGUGCAUGGGUGUGCUGUGCGCAUGGGUGUGCUGUGCGCAUGGGUGCUGUGCGCAUGGGUGCUGUGCGCAUGGGUGCUGUGUGCAUGGGUGUUGUGUGCAUGGGUGUGCUGUGUGCAUGGGUGCUGUGUGCAUGGGUGCUAUCCACUUCUCUCGACACUCAGCCUUCUGGUCCGUCUACUCAGCCUACUGAUCCUUCGGCCUCGAGUUCGGAGGCGCAAUGGCAGGAGGAGGAUAGAACUCAUGUCGUUUUCAAGCAUUUCAAGGUUCCCAUCCGUCCCGGCACACUCGCUGCUGUCCGCGUUUGCAAGUAUUGCAAGUAUUGCACCAUCGAGUUCAAAGGUGGUGCGUUUCGAUGCGCUCAGCAUCUCGCGAAAUGGAAGGGACAGAGAUCUCGCGACGUCCGCCUGUGCGCUAAGGUUCCGCCCGACGUGCGAGCGGCGGUGCAUUACGAGAAGAAGGCAGCCAACCGCGACGAAAAAAGGCGGGCCGAGGAUGCUGCGCUCGAUGCUGUCGUGGGAGGUGCGAAGAAAGGCCGCAUCACCGAUUUCAUUGGCGACGACGCGCAAUGCAAGAAGGGCGAGGCGGACAACUUCGUCUGUAGUUCUUCGCCAGCUGUCGCAUUCCCGAACACCACGCCGACAACCCGUUGUGGCGCAACAUGCCCUUUGCAUGGACGGGGGCUCCAACUACGGGGCCGCCUGCAGGAGCUGAUGGCGGAUUGGCCGCACAUUGAGUACGUGCCGUGCGCUACGCACGUGCUUGACCUCUUGAUGGAGGACGUGGGCAAAAUCACAUGGUGCAAGGACAUUGUGGAUCGGUGCGGGGGCAUGAUCACCUACGUCCGGAACCACCAUUUCACCCACAAUUACCUGAGGAGUAAGGCGGUGAAGGGAGGAAAAGGGAAGCAGCUUGUGAAGCCGGCGGGGACCAGGUUCGGCACCAACUACAUCGCCCUCUCAAGGCUCGUCCAGUUGCGGUCCACACUGUCGCAGUUGGUGCUGAGCGAGGAGUUUGCCAACUGGUCGGCGGGGGCUAGGAAGCUGACGGCGGAUACGUUCCGCGGCCACGUCAUGGACGACACAUGGUGGAAGAACGCUACCUACCUGGUGGAGCUCUUGACGAUUUCAUUCAAGCUGACCGAGGACAUGAACGACAAGCUGGAAGCGGGGGAGAAGAUUUUGCCGCGGGCGAUUGCGGAUGACAUUGGGAAGAUUGUUAGGCGCCGUUGGGACGAGAGCCUUGCUUGCGCUCUUCACGUCGUGGGGCGGAUCCUGAACCCGGCAAAUCAGGAUGAGGGUAUUUUCCGCAACGACCUGGAAUGUACCUGCAUCUUCAAGGCGUUCAUCGCACGUCACUACGACGGCGAGACGUUCACCAACAAGGUUGGUGAGGAGAGGCGGGCCUCUCUUGUUUUGCAGGAGGGGCUCACGGCCUUCCUCACCCUCGAAGGAUCGUUCGGCCUCCCUGAGGCGAUUGCCGACAGGGAGGCCGUGAAGGCAGGCAAGCACUCGAUGGUGCAGUGGUGGGGAUGGCACGGGACUGACCACCCCCACCUGGCCAGCCUUGCGUGCCGUGCCCUGACACAGCCGGUGUCGGCCUUGCCGUGUGAGCGCGGGUGGGCAUCGUGGGAGUCGGUGCACACUGCCCGCCGCAACAAGCUAGGCUCGGAGAAGCUCCGAGACCUAGUUUAUGUGACCCACAACUGGCAUGUGGUCCACAAGUACCACAAGCGGGGUGAGUCAUCGGCGGUGCUUCCAGGCAACACCCCUGAACCCGCUCUGCCGGAGGGAUACAACAAGGAGGAGGACGGGGAGGAGGAGGAGGAGGGGGAGGAGGAUGAAGCCAUGCUGGCCGAUUAUGUGAAGGCGCAACACGCCCACGCAUCCCUGCUCCAUCACUGCCUCUGCUGCUCCAUCACUGCCUCUGCUGCUCCCCCCUCUCUUGCUGCUCUCCCCACUCAGGUGCGGGAGAUCAAGAACGGGCGGCUGGCAAUGAUGGCGUGGGUGGGCUUUGCCGCCCAGGCGGUGGUGACGGGGCAGGGUGUGUUGGACGACUGGGAGGCCUUCCUGGCUGACCCCCUGCGCAACAACGCCCUCACCUUCGCCCUGCACUAG